AUUGAAAACAGAAACACAAAGCACGCCUAGAUUUCUUUCUUUAUUAUUGUGAGCGUGUCUGGAAAACUUUUCUGUGAAGAAAAAUUCUUUGUAACUUUUCCAAGUCAACAUCUCUACAUCCAUUCACAGCUAAUGUAAUUUGAUUGGAUCUGGUCAAAAUUUACCCGUUUCAUUAUUUUAUUCAUACAGAGGAGAGGGCAUUCCUUUUCAUCCCUUUUUUGUGCAUUUACAUCUAGGUUUUUCAGGACAUUUUUUCAGUAAAGUUUGAUUUAUUAUUUGAUUUGGGGUUGUGGUGAUUUGAGUAGCUUCUUUUGAAUAAUUAUUUGCUUGGUUCUUUUUGUGGGUUUAUCUUUACAAGUAAUUUGAUUCCCUGUAUUGGCCUAUUUGGGCAAAGUAAAUUCUGGGUUUUGUUUGGUUUGGUUUGAUUUGGUUGUUGAGUUUGAUUGCAGUUUCAACUUUUCAUUGAUUUUAUUGUGGGUGAUAUCUGAAAUAUUGUACAUACCUGUGGUCAGUUGGUAUAUUUCAAGGGUUUGUUGAUUGAAAAUUGAAUUAGGUUGGUGCCAGAUGUUCUAAAGUUGAAGCUUUUAUUAUGGGUUUUUGGUGUUAUGAAGGAAGUUUAUGAGGGUUUUGCUUGCUUUGUGGGGUUUAGGUCUCGAUGAAAUGAAAAGGACUGUGUAUGAUUGUAAAGAUGAUUCAAGAACAAAUGGGUGUGAUGAGAGCAGGUUGUUACAUUUUUUUGGUAGUUCUACUGUGUGGAUCAUUAAUGGUCACCUCAGAAUACAUGACGACCAGUGAGGAAAUGUUUCUCAGCAGAUUAGUUAAUCCGGAGACUGGAGAGGUGGACAAUGUCAUGGCAGAGCUACUAUGGAUCAGUUGCAGAGAGCACUUGAUCCACUUGGAGGAAGUUGUUGAAGAUCUUAACUUAUGCCUUCCAGAAGAAACGCCUGGUAGCACCAAUGAAAUGAAGUCAACGAGUCAGCCAUUGACAAAAGGGAACAUUCAGAAAUGGAAAACUGUGCUGCAUCCCUGCUUGAAGCAAACUCUUUUACAAUGUAUAAGAAAGGACAAUCUUUUGUUUCAUGUUAGUAGAGAAGGUGGCUCUUGGUACACCAGGUAUCUUGAGUUCCUACUUCCGAGGCCUGGUGCUCCUAGGCAGAAACUGGGCCCUCAAUCACGUCGGAGAAUUGCUGAAACCAUUGCCGAUGCCCCAGGCCCAUCCCUUGCCCUUGCCCUUGCCCCUGCCCCUGCCCCUGCCCUUGCCCUUGCCCCUGCCCCUGCCCCUGGCUCCAUGCCAUCACUAGUUUCUAAACCUUCGCCUCCUCCUCCGUCUUCAUCAACGGCAUUUUUCCCAGUUGAUUCUAGUCCACCACCGGUAGUUGAUGGAUCCACAAAUUCUAGUUCUGGAGGCAACAUAAAUGCAGAUAAAAAUAUUAAUAGCCGUAAAACUAUUAUUGUUGCUGUAGUCGUGACAGCAGCAGUGACGUUUUUUCUUGCAGCAUUGCUCUUUUUCUGCUGUCGUAGGUUAAGGAAUGGUGGAGAUAGACGGAAUGAUGAGAGGCCCCUUCUCAGUGUAAGCAUGAGCGACUACUCUGUGGGAAAUUCAAUUAAAGGAGAGAAGCUCGGUCAUCAAUCACUGGAUGGAAAAUUUGCAGCAUUAGAAGCCAUUGGUGGUACUACCAAAUCCUCUGCUGAUUCUCUAGACACAUCUAGCAAUAUAAAUGGACAGGUGUUACCACCUUUGAAGCCUCCCCCUGGAAGGCCUGGUGCCACACCUCUCGGGAUGCCUGCCCUAAAGCCGCCUCCUGGCAGGGCAGAACCUCUCCCUCCUGAACCACCUGCUUCUCUGAGGCCUCCUGCUCCUCCCCGUCCUCCACCUCCUAUAAAAUCUUCUGAGUCCACUGGCCCUCCUGCCCCUAAACCAGCACCACCUCCUCCACCACCUAUGGCUCCUGGUGUGAGACCAGGUCCACCACCUCCUCCACCACCUAUGGCUUCUGGUAUGAAACCAGGUGCACCACCACCUCCAAUUCCAAAGGGUGGUCCUGCUCCUCCUCGACCACCGCCACCAAUGCCAAUGGGUUUAAAGGCCCCUCGGCCACCUCUUGGAUCAAAACAUCCAUCUUCCAGUGAAGGAGCUGGCACAGAGGGUGAUGGUGAUGCUCCUAAAACCAAGUUGAAGCCAUUUUUCUGGGAUAAAGUUCUAGCCAAUCCAGACAAUUCAAUGGUUUGGCAUCAGAUUAAAUCAGGAUCAUUCCAGUUCAAUGAGGAGAUGAUAGAAAGUUUGUUCGGGUAUGCACCCAAUGAUAAAAAGAAAAAUGAAGGCAAGAGAGAGUCUUCUUUCUUAGAUCAGGGGCCCCAGUAUAUUCAGAUCAUUGAUCCCAAAAAGGCGCAAAACCUAGCAAUUAUGCUUCGGGCAUUAAAUGUGACAAUGGAAGAAGUACGUGAUGCACUUCUUGAAGGCAAUGAACUCCCUGUGGAACUUCUUCAAACUUUGUUAAAGAUGGCACCAACAGCAGAUGAAGAGCUGAAGCUUAGGUUGUUCAAUGGUGAACUUUCUCAACUUGGGCCAGCUGAGCGGUUUCUUAAAGCCUUGGUUGACAUUCCAUAUGCUUUUAAACGAAUGGAAGCACUGCUUUUCAUGUGUUCUCUUCAGGAGGAAGUUACUACCACGAAGGAGUCCUUUGAAACUCUGGAGGUUGCUUGUAAGGAACUCCGAAAUAGCCGACUAUUCCUGAAGCUUCUAGAAGCUGUUCUUAAAACUGGCAAUCGCAUGAAUGAUGGCACUUUCCGUGGUGGUGCACAAGCAUUCAAACUAGAUACACUUUUGAAAUUAUCAGACGUAAAAGGAGUAGAUGGCAAGACCACACUAUUGCAUUUUGUUGUUCAGGAGAUAAUCCGUUCUGAAGGUAUCAAAGCUGCUCGUGCAGCAAGAGAGAGCAAGAGCUCCAACAGUUUCAAAACCGAUGAUCUUCAGGAAAUUUCGUGUGAUGAUGAAGUGCGCUACCGCAGCCUUGGUCUUCAGGUGGUUUCAAAUUUGAGCAGUGAACUUGAAAAUGUGAAGAAAGCAGCAUCUAUAGAUGCUGACAACUUAACAGGAACUGUAGCUAAACUUGGCCAUUCACUAUUGAAAUCCCGAGAUUUCCUGAACUCAGAUAUGAAGAAUUCAGAGGAAAUUAGUGGAUUCCAUGAAACAUUAAAAAGCUUUGUUCAGAAUGCUGAGGUCGAUGUCAUGUGGUUGUUGGAGGAAGAAAAGAGAAUCAUUAACCUGGUGAAGAGCACUGCUGAUUAUUUCCAUGGGAAAGCAGGGAAGGAUGAGGGUAUACGUUUGUUUAUCAUAGUAAGGGACUUUUUGAUCAUUUUAGACAAGGCAUGCAAAGAGGUGAGUGAGGCACAAAAGAGAUCUGCGAAAACACCAAAAAAAGAGGGAUCUACUGGAUCAUCUUCCUCUGAUCCCGGCCAACAACCCUCUCCCGAUCUUCGCCAGUGGCUAUUCCCAGCUAUUGCAGAGCGACGGAUGAAUGAUUCUAGUUCAGAUGAAGAGAAAUAAUUUUCUUUGGGGAGGUAUUGCCAUUUUCACAUUGUCAAGCAAAUUUGUUCCUCAAAAAUCUAAUUUUGGAUUAUCAACUACAAUGGCCAGGGUCUUCUGAUACUGCCCCAUAGUUUCUACUUCUGCCAAAGUCUAAAAAGUAUUUCUUGGUCUAAUGAUCCAGGCCACUGUUACGAUGAAGUUCGACAAGUGAUAAAUGUUGCCCCAGGGCCUUCUGGAAAUGUCAUCUGCUUUGGUAGGAAACAAUUCAUGUAAAAGGAUCAGUUGAAAGGGGAUCAAGCCUUUGGCAAAUUCUUGCCGUCCUCACUGCGUUGAAAUGUCAUCACGGCAAAAACCAGCGAGAAGAAUUCAUUGAGUGUAGAGUCAUGGUUUUACCCUGAAUAGUGGUUACAUACAGUCUUAACUUGUGCAUUAGUAGUUAGAUAUAGUGAUAUUCUUGUUUUUGU